AUGUCAAUUUCUAAUGUUCCUUUAUUUGUUUCGCUUAAACGAAACCACAGUCUUAUAAACGCAAAAUUUGAAGGCUAUAAAUUAAAACUUUUCGACGAUACAGAACAUUUAAAAUUUUAUAAAUUACCUCAACCUGGAGUGUCAAUAUCAAAAAUUCCUUCAAAUAGUAAACUAUCAUAUAAAGAAAUUCAAAAUAGAAUACAUUUUAAUCAUUUAUUUUAUGGUUUUGGAAUAAAUGAUGACAAAGCAACUUGUUUUUAUUUCGAUUUAGAAAAUCGAAUAAUUCUAAUUGAACACGAUCAAGCAACAAAUUCUUUGAUAACACACAAUCUUUUACAAAUUCCAAAAUCUACUAAAGUAGCAAAUAAUCUUGUUACCGAAUAUCCUUCAUUGAUAUCCAUUUCAUCAAGUCUACUAUUAGUAACCAACGGAUCAGGAUUGCUGUGUUUGGUUAGGGUUAAAAAAAACGAGGAUAAUAAAUUUUUUGGAGAAAUUUUACAUAUCACUGAAUUUUUUGGCUAUUUAGAUGCAGAAUCUGAUACAUUAAAUAAAAAUGUUCCAUUUGUUUUUCUUGAUGGAAAAAUUAUAUAUGAUGAUGAAAAAGGCAAAUCAGAUGAUGCACACAUUCUCUUUAUUAUUUAUAACACAGUUAAACAUCAUAAUCUAAACAGAAUGAUUCCUUCAAAAGAAGAAACAACGAAAACAUUAUUUGAUAUUUCUUUGUUAAAGAUGUCAUUAAAUAAACCAUAUGAGACCGAGAAACUUCAUGUCAUUCGUGGAACUUCAAUCCCUUUGUAUUGUUUUAUUGAUUAUAGAGGAUCUGGAUAUGUGAUAUGCAGCGAUUCAGAUUAUGUAGUUUUAGGAAAUUCACGGUCUGAUCAAGAUGAAAAGAUACACAUUGAACAAUCUACGGAACAUGAUGAAAAUGAAAACGAAAAUGAAAAUAUAUCACCAAGUAAUAAAGAAGAAAAAUUGGCAUCAUAUAUUUGGACGCAGACAUCUACAGACAUUACUGUCUGUUUCCAAUUACCUGUGGGUACGCCGAAAACCGCGAUCCACUGUAACUUUUCAAAAACACAUCUUUCUCUUACAAUCAAAACCGAAGACGAUGCAUUUGACACCACUAACACCAAUUUAAGGCCUCGACCACCUUUGCCAUGUUAUGCGUUCUCGCAAUUUUUUGAUAAUAUUGAUCCGGAUGCUUCUUUAUGGACCAUUGAACCAAACAUUGGUUUAUUGACUUUACACAUUGAGAAGGCCAAUCAUAAAACGCGUUGGUCGCAUGUUUUUCAUAACGAUGAUGGAGUAUUUGAAACUCUCGAUCCAAAUGAGUUUGCUGAAUUUCGUGAAAGUUUAGAAAAAUACACAACAGAUUUGCUUGCAAGCUCUUCUAGUAAUGAGACAGUUCGUUUUGAAACCACCAAACCACUUCAACAUCCUAUUGGUCAUGAAAUGGAAGAAUCUAUUGAUUAUGAAGGACAAGCAGUGACUUUUAUGUGGAUAUCCAAGGAAGGGCUAAUAGGAGCAAAAUCAUCAUCUAGUGGACAAGAAUUUAUAUGUAAACAAUUUGAUAAUGCUAAAACAAAAAAUUCUAAAACCAAACCUUAUCCUUCUGUGUGUUUAAAAUCUGAUGUUGAUGGCAUUGUUUAUUCAAUUGAACAUUCAGAAAAUAUACAUGUAUCGUCGCCAUUAAUCAUGACACACUUUGCAACAUUCAAUGCCUUCGCAUUUGUUCAGGCAUCCAAACGUGAAAAACGUUUUGUAUUUCACGAUCCUUCCAAUAGAUUUGUAAUGAUUUUUGAAGGAAAUCGUCAUGCAUAUAUCUAUUCACACCAUGAAGGAAAAGAUAAACAUGGUUCACAAUAUAUUGUAGAUUUCAGAGAAAAAUUACAUGGUAGUUUUGAUAUAAUUGGAGUCCAGAUGAUAGAUGAAAAGAAUGCCAUUGUUUUAGUUCUUACUACUGGUCAUAUAAUUGUAUUAAAAGUAUUAUAA